AUGAUGUCAACCUAUUCAGCAGACAUACCUGAUUCCACGGCAUUGCAUGCACCCCAAACUGGCCCUACACAAGAUGUCACCAACGAGCAGUACGAACAGCAUGUCGAUGAAGCAGCUGCCAGACGUCUUGAGCUCCUGAAUCAACUCUCAAAAGCUCGCGAAAAGCAGCGCAAACUCGAGGAGAAACUUGCACUAUUAUCCUCUAGUAAUGAACACGAGUUUGCACAAAAGAACAUCAGUCCCCCACCACCCGGUGGGAAUAUCCCCACCUUCAAGGGGUGCACCACCAGUGAACUCAAUACCUUUGUUGAUCGCUUGAACAGUCACUUCGAGGAGUAUCCAAACUGGUUCUCAUACUCUCCAAAUAAGGUCACUUGUGCUGUACACCACCUCUCCGAACAACGACACGAACAAUGGAAAACCCACGUGGAAGGCCUCGAGACCAUUCCCCCAUGGUCUGAUUUCGUGAAAUUCUGUCUGCGCGUGAUACAUGAGGAUCCUGAAAAUAUCGAUCGCGAUUUUGAGGCGUCGUCCCUCUAUGAAAACAUGCGCCAGAAGCAUACUCAGUCGGUUCGUGAGUUUGCUGCAGAGCUCGAAUAUCAACAUCAACAACUCCUCGUGCCGUAUGACAAUACGCAACGAAAAGACCGUCUGAGAGGUGCUGUGCUUGUUGCAAUUCUUAUAGAAGCCGAUAAAUACUUCGACGAGCCCGAGGAUUACGCUGUCUUCAUUGAGUACCUUCACAAUGUCGAAAGGCACAUGCCGACCCGUCGACAGGCAUUACGAGAAGUACAAGAGGCAGAAGAGGCAUCAGGCUAG